UCACUACUAUUAUGAAAUCACAUAUGUCACAAUUAAUAUUUAUAUUUUGUGACUGCGCCCAAGUUCCAGAAAACGCUGUAUUUUCACUUUCACCUCUGGACAUGCAUAUCAUGUUGCUUUUAUUUGUUUUAGAUAUCACAACAUUGAAAAGUAACUUUAAAAGCACGUAUUUUCCAGCAAUAGGUAUGCUCAUUACUCUGGAUAAUCCUCCAUCCAAAUACUGUCAACAAAUAUACAGGAGCCAUUUGUGCAGGAGAAAGUAGUUCCUGUGAAAACUGUUGACAGCGAGGUCUGUGGAUUAUCCAGACUAAUGGGGGUAACUUUAGCUGGAAAUAGACGUUGCUCCUGAGUUAUGGGAGGUUUUUCUGUUUCUGGAAAGAUGACUGUUUAAUUAUUAAAGUAAAUUGUGUUAAAAAAGAAGAAACGUUUCUCAUCAGCUGGGUACAAAUGUAAGAUUUUUUCUGCUUUGGUUUUUUUUGGUGAACCAUCCCUUUAAACUCAUGUUGCAUAGCAUUACACACAAACAAUUAAAUCAGGUGCUUCUCUAGCCUCUGUGGAUGAGCAGUGGUGGAAAGUAAGUACAUUUACUCAAGUACUGUGAGCCUAUUUAAGUCAAAUUGUGAGGUACUGGCCCUUUACUUGAGUAUUUCCAUUUUAUGCUACUUCAUACUUCUGUGCUUUUUACUCCACUACUAGAGUAACUUAUUUGACAGCUAUAGUUACUAGUCCGCAGGAUGAGAUUUUACAUAUAAAACCAAUGAUCAGUUGACAAAAUAUGAUUUAUUGCAAUGGUUUAAACUUCCCAUCAGGAUAUAAAGUCAUUGCAAUUAGCUUCCUCCCAUUACAUUAAAACACUGAUAACAUUUUAAUGUAUCAGUCAUUAUGAUCCAAUAUUAUUAUUCAAAAAUAAUAACAUGGAGUCUGGAGUCUGUGCCAUAAUGUGUACUUGUAUAUGCAGGACUUAAUUAUAAUAUAAGCAAUCAUUUUUACAUUGUAGCAUUGCACUUAAAUGCAGAUUAAAAUCCAAUCAGAGAGAGAUGUUGUGUGGGCAGAUUGCAUGUUUGCAGACAUUUGAGUUGAACACUUCAGAUAUCGACAGUCAAUAUUACUUUCUAAUUAUUUUUAGUGUCACCCCAGAACACAGGAAAGCAUGAACAUCUACAACAGGAUUUAUAUUUAGCUCCAGUUCGUGAAGUUCUUGAGAGUGGACACAGGGUGGAGCCAGUGCUUUGUCAGACAAUGACAAGCUCCAGUAUGUAUAGUGAAAGAUGCAGAACUGAUGUUAAUUGUGCUAAAUUACAUGAUUGUGUUCCUGCCAAGAAACUGUCAUUUUUAAAAGCAUACAGUAAUAUAUGUGCACAGAAAUAAAAAUAAUCUACAUACAUGCAGCUUGAGAUCACUCAAUCUGCAGAGGCAACUAUGGCUCAGUAGAAUACUGAAACACGGUUUAUUCUCACAAGUACUGAAAUACUGAUACUAAACCUUCAUGUUACUUUGCACUUCUACUCCACCACAGUUCUAUUGUAGUUUUUACUUCAUUACAUUUAUCUGACAGCCAUAGAUCAAGAUUUUGUGUGUCAAAUAUCAUCAGGUUAUAAACACAACAGUAUAUAAGCCACAGUUGUUAAAUUAGCUUUAUAUAAUAUUGACAAUAUUCAGAUGCUGCUUACAGGCUGCUUUACAGUUACAGAAAAAAAAUGAAAUCAGAUUAAUGUUACAUUUAGUAAAAAAUAGGGAUUACUUACACCACCACUAAUUCUAAAAAGCUUUACAUUUAUUUCUGUUUCCAGAAAUAAGUGUUCUGUUGUCUUAUAGAAUACACUUGCAUCAAUACUUCUUAUUGACAUUUCUUUUCUCUUGUUUUUAUUUCCAUAUUUGGUGUUGAGGUAAUCCAAAAGUACAGAACAGAAAGUAAUCAAGAAAAUCAAGGAAUUAAAUAAUAAAGUUACUUUAAUAUUGUGAUACUUGAAUUAGGUUGCUGACUACAUUUAAUACUACAACAGGUAAUUAUUAACUGUAUCAGAUUACAUUUUUAAAGUUAACCCUCCCAACCCUGGCUGCGUAUAUGGUGAUGAAUCAGGUAUAAAAAUCCAAUAAUGUGUAAUAAAUGUAACACUUUGAAUGUAGCCAUUUCUGCUCACACACAUUUUGAAUACAGGACUUUAACGUGCAGCAGAGUAUUUUAUUUAUUUAUGUUUUUAUUUAUUUAUUUAUGUCACCGUGGUACUGCUACUCUUCCUUGAAUAAAAGAUGCGUGCGGCCGGUUGUCGUGCCUCCUCGCACCGUGCAGUUCCCCGCUGUCACCGGCAGGGGGCGUUGGGUGGCGUGUCCAGGUGGCCGUGACGUCACCCGGGCUUUAGGUGCCGUGCGCUCGAGCCUCUCCGGGGCUCCUCAGUGCUGCUGGAGGAGAACAGGAGCGGAUGUGACCCCCGGGACAAACACAAUUUGUUUACAAGUCAACUAUGGAUGUGUUCAUUGCCUGUGGAUGAUGUGUUCGGAGCGCAUUUAAAAGGUCUGCCUCUGAGGACAGGGAGCAAAUGCCAAUCUGCUGAAGAAAAAAAAGGAUUAAAUCAGGAAUCUGUCACCUCACCUAAGUAGGUGUGAAUUGCUGGCUGCGGUCAUGGGGAACCAGCUGACUGAUAUGGCUCCGAACACGCCGUCGUUCCUGCCAAACUUCCAGUCUCUGCACGUGGUGGUUAUCGGGCUCGACUCCGCCGGCAAAACCUCUCUGCUCUACCGGCUCAAACUGAAGGAGUUUGUGAAAACCAUCCCCACCAAGGGCUUCAACACGGAGAAGAUCAAAGUGGCUGUGGGGACGUCCCGGACCAUAAACUUCCAGGUGUGGGAUGUGGGAGGUCAGGAGAAGCUGCGCCCGCUGUGGAAGUCUUACACCCGGCGGACAGACGGGAUGGUGUUUGUGGUGGACUCCACUGAGCAGGAGCGGAUGGAGGAGGCCAAAGUGGAGCUCCACAAGAUCACCCGCACCUCAGAGAACCAGGGGGUCCCCGUGCUCAUCCUGGCCAACAAACAGGACCUGGAUUCAGCCAUGUCUGUCAGCGAGGUGGAGAAGCUGCUUUCUGUCCACGAACUGAGCACGUACACGCUGCAUCACGUGCAAAGCUGCAGCGCCGUGGACGGUCAGGGACUCCAGCCGGGCCUGGAGAAACUUUACGAGAUGAUCGUGAAGAGGAAGAAGAUGGUGAAGCACAACAGGAACAGAAAGAGAUGAACUCUUGGCUCACACUGUGGACCUUAUUAAAUUUAUCCACUGUUGAGACACUUCCAAGCUUAAUGGUCCCUUUUAAUGGGGGAGCGAUUUGUGCCAACAAAACAACAAUUACACACGGCCUUAGGGUCAGGAGAAAUGGAUUUGCUCAUAACAACUGAAGCAGUAUUGACACAUUAUUUGUUCUGCAAUCGUGCAGCUGCCCUUUGAAAGCUUAAGUUAAAGAUUUAAAGGGAACCUCGCUAGCAGUUAGUCUUCACUAAGUGCUUUUCUACACUUGUUUUAGAGAAGAAUUCUUUUUCAACGUUUGCCUGUUAACUGUGGGACUAAUAUAUGGACUCAUUUGCAUCCAUGUGGCAGGUAUGAGGGGAAGAGAACUAUAAAAUAGAUUUUAAAAUAUCCUUAUAAUCCUUCACAAGCUUGCACACAAUCUGCCCCACUGUUUUUGUUCCAGACGCUUCCCCCGAAAUAUUUAUUCCAUAUUUUUGUGUUUGUGUUGGACAGAGGGACUUUUGUGUCUUUCUGUGACUUUUUUGUAAAUUAUAUUAAAAAUGAAACUCAGUUCAGCGGUGGCAGAAGCACCAAAUGAUAUUAACUAUCAAUGCCAUGGAACCAGUGUUCCUAAGUGCAUUCCCCUUAUGGCCACAGAGGUUAAGUUUCAGUUACUAUAACAAUAGUGUUUAUACAAAUUGUACAUUUUUGUAACACUCAAGACUUAAUAAAUCUAAGCACUGUACAGAACA